CAAUGUUGUAAACAUGUACAUUUCCAUUGCGUAUUUUCGUAGCAAAGAGAGUAUCAUGCGAUCGAUUCAAACAAAGAUUCGAGAAGGAUCCAUGUUCAUAUGGACCUGCGGCUAUGAAGUACAAAGUUCCUUCAUUGGAUUGACAGCCACACGAUCCGUCACCAAACCUCACGUUUUAGUAGCCGAUGUUUGUGUCUUGAAGCUUCGUACUUCCACUCCCUACGCCUAAUUGAUCCUCCAUUAUCGUCGUCGUCGUCGUCGUAGUCAUGUCGUGGGGCGGCUGCCUGCCUGCAACUUGGAUACGCCGCCGUCGCACUCUCCUCUCCUCUUAUCCCAAGUUCUCAAUUCCGGCUAGCUCUAGGCGCCCUCUGCUUAAUUACCGGUAAAUUAAUUAGCAAACACAGUAGCAUGAUGAGAUUAGCAGUACAUGACGAGUUCAGUCCUCCUAACGAACAGUGCUAAAAAAACGAGAGAUUAUCGUGGACAGAAAAAGUCCAUGUCGAAUCUAAUCUCCGAUUGGUUUGUGCCCUAAUGAUUCCACGUUUGGCGUUACCGGCGACUAAACAAAUCGCUUUUAGUUGUCUCUUCCCAAAGCCAAGAAAAGCACGGACCCGGCCUUGACACAUGCUUGGAUGUGCCGGUAAUGAUGCUUACUAAAAAGAACACCUUAUCUCAAAGCACCCCCCUCUGACAUGUGGGGCACGUCUCAUGUGGGUCCCACUUUGCCAGUCACACAGCUCCCUGGACCCAACGAGACGGCCACGCAUGCAAUUGCAGCCUUGCUUGCCCAAGCUUUACUGUUACUCAAACGCAGCAAAGCCAGAGAGAGAAGGAGAAGCAGAGGUCGUCGUCUCUCGCUGUGGUGGUGGUUGCUUCGAGUUUGCACAAUAUUUUUGGCGGUCGGUACGCUUUAGAACUAUGUCGCAAUGAUUUUGACGGCCGACCGAUCGGACCUUUAUAUACGGUCUCGUCCGAUCGCCGUGACUCGCCACCGCAAAUCACCAAUCCACGGCGAACAAGUCGUUCCAGACUCCGGCGAUCACCUGCUCCUGCUGCCACGAUCAUGGCCUGCACCAAGGGGGUGGUUUUCGACGUGAACCUGCUCGAGAACAGCACGCUGGAGGACGGGCUCGCCGGCUGGGCGGCGGUCGGCGAGUGCACGGCGCUGUCCGUGCACAAUGAGGAGCCGGAGAAGGUGCCGACCGAGACCAUCAACACGGUGGCCGACGACUACAAGCCCAGCGGCCGGUACAUCCUCGCGGCGGGCCGCGCCGGCGAGGAGGACGGGCUGCGCCGGGCGGUGGCCGGCGCGCUCAAGCCCCGCGUCACGUACCGCGUGGCCGGGUGGAUCAGCCUCGGCGACGGCGCCGAGGGGAGCCACCCGGUGCGCGUCAACCUCCGCCUCGACGACGACGACGAGUGCGUCGUCGAGGGCGGCGCGGUGUGCGCCCAGGCCGGCAGGUGGACGGAGAUCAAGGGCGCGUUCCGGCUCAAGGCGAGCCCGUGCGGCGCGACGGUGUUCGUCCAGGGCGCGCCCGACGGCGUCGACGUGAAGGUGAUGGAUCUCCAAAUCUUCGCCACGGAUCGCAGGGCACGGUUCAGGAAACUCAGGAAGAAGACUGACAAGGUGCGGAAGCGGGACGUCGUUCUCAAGUUCGGUGGGGCGGGGAGCAUAUCGGGGGCGUCCGUACGCGUGAUGCAGAUGGACAGCAGCUUCCCGUUCGGGGCGUGCAUCAAUGGCGGGGUGAUCCAGAACCCGGCGUUCGUGGACUUCUUCACGAAGCACUUCGACUGGGCGGUGUUCGAGAACGAGCUCAAGUGGUACUGGACGGAGGCGCAGCAGGGGCAGCUCAACUACGCCGACGCCGACGCGCUGCUCGACUUCUGCGACCGCUACGGCAAGCCGGUGCGCGGGCACUGCAUCUUCUGGGCCGUCGACAACGUGGUGCAGCAGUGGAUCAAGGGGCUCGACCACGACCAGCUGACGGCCGCCGUGCAGGGCCGCCUCACCGGCCUCCUCACCCGCUACGCCGGCAGGUUCCCGCACUACGACGUCAACAACGAGAUGCUCCACGGCAGCUUCUACCAGGACCGCCUCGGCGACGACAUCAACGCCUUCAUGUUCCGGGAGACGGCGCGCCUCGACCCGGGCGCCACGCUCUUCGUCAACGACUACAACGUCGAGGGCGGCAACGACCCCAACGCCACGCCGGAGAAGUACAUCGAGCAGAUCACCGCGCUGCAGCAGAAGGGCGCGGCCGUCGGCGGCAUCGGCCUCCAGGGCCACGUCACCAACCCCGUCGGGGAGGUCAUCUGCGACGCGCUCGACAAGCUCGCCACCACCGACCUCCCCGUCUGGCUCACCGAGCUCGACGUCUGCGAGUCUGACGUCGACCUCCGCGCCGACGACCUCGAGGUGGUGCUCCGGGAGGCGUACGCGCACCCGGCCGUCGAGGGCGUCAUGUUCUGGGGUUUCAUGCAGGGCCACAUGUGGCGCCAGGACGCCUGCCUCGUCAACUCCGACGGCACCGUCAACGACGCCGGCGAGAGGUUCAUAGAUCUCCGGCGGGAGUGGACGUCGCACGCGCGCGGCCACAUCGACGGCGACGGCCACUUCAAGUUCAGGGGCUUCCACGGCACGUACGUCGUGCAGCUCGCGACGGCGACGGGGAAGAUGCACAAGACGUUCACCGUGGAGAAGGGGGACACCCCUCUUGUGCUGGAUAUGGACGUCUGACGAUUACUUCCAUUAUUUUAUACUCCAUACAGUUUAUACUGAUGAUUAUUUGAUCGAACAGAGGGCAAAGCAACUUUUACCUCGAUCACAUACAACAACUACAAUUUUACAUUUUCAACUAUUGUAUGAGAAAAGUAAGGUAUUGUACUGGUUAAAGUUAAUUAAGAAAUAAAGUAAAAACGGGCUAUUCCUCGUUUUAUAGUA